GAGAUAACUAAAUUUGAUUAAUUUUGUAUACAUGAAGAAGAUCCCCAGAUCCAGUUUCUCUCUCAACCAAUAGUCAACCCCACUAUAAAAACACACACACACACACACAUUCUUUCCCCAAACCAAACCAGUUGAAAGAUUUCACUGAAUUGUUCCAUCACAAAAUAUUCCUAAUCGGAGUAAAAUCGAGAUGACAGGAGAAACCAAUCACCCCUAUGUUCCAAGAGAUCUGGUACUGCCCGACUAUGUGCCUGUUUUUCUCUCUCAAUCGACCAUUCUUGCUGUUUACGGCAUCUCUUCUUUGCUCGUUGUCUCAUUCAUGUGGCUAUUAUCCGGGCGGGGUCUUAAGAAAUCGAAAGCUGAUAGAGUACUAAUGUGUUGGUGGAUAUUCACGGGCCUAACACAUAUUAUUCUAGAGGGCUACUUCGUCUUUUCUCCCGAAUUCUACAAAAAGAAGACUCCACAUUACCUUGCAGAAGUUUGGAAGGAAUACAGCAAAGGUGAUUCUAGAUAUGCAGGACGGGAUUCGGGUGUGGUUGCUGUUGAAGGAAUCACCGCUGUUUUAGAGGGUCCAGCUUGUCUUCUUGCAGUGUAUGCAAUAGCAACGAAGAAGUCAUAUAGCAACAUACUUCAAAUAGCAAUCUCUCUUGGCCAACUUUACGGAACUCUCGUUUAUUUCAUUACAGCUAUAUUGGAAGGUGAUAACUUUGCGACAAACGAAUUCUAUUAUUACGCGUACUAUGUAAUGGCCAAUGUAUGGUGGAUUAUAAUUCCCACCACCAUUCUUGUCCAUUGCUGGAAGAAGAUAUGCGCUGCUUUCGAGGUCCAGCCACAGAAGAAGACGAAAUCCCGCUAAGAUUUCUGCUUUCGAGAUCUUUUUGCUUGCUCUAUUUAUUUCAUUUUAACCUCUUUUAUUUAUCGAACCUUAAUUUCAAUAGACAUUUCAAAAUGAUGUGAUCAUCCUGAUUUUUUUUUUCGUGUUCGUUGAAUAUUUUUCUAUGUUAAUGGUAAAAUCUUCAUUUCGUAUGUU